GGGAUGCUAAUUAACUAACCACAAGAGUCUGAAUUAUCAAAGCAAUUUCAUAAUAGUGAAGUCGAAUGAUCGUUCGAUUGGCUGGUUAAUUAGACAGACACACAUUUAACAAAACUCUUUGGGUGGCUGGCUCACGCGGGACCGAGUUCACUCCGGAGCCGUGCGAUCGUCUUAGCUUGGAUCUUGACCGUCUAUUUCGGGAAGAGUGUGUGUUGUGGGAGGCGACCCAAGAAUCUGACCAAAACCAAAAUACGCGUAUUUGUCGCUUUGCUUCGUCUGUUAACUGGGAUCAUUGCAGGUUUCCGAAGCAUACUCCAUAAUUUGUCGAAAUCAUAACACUCAUUCUCCGAGCUCUGAGCAAGCUAUAUAUACAGUUGUCUUCUUCAGAUCUUAUUUGAGUGAUGGCGACUUCAAUGCACUUGUGCGGAGUUAGAACGUCGGGACUUGCCUUAAACUCAAAAAGGAUUGAGUUUGGCUCAAAGGGGCUGAAUUUUUCAGCACUCGUCUUCACUAGAAACAUAAAUCACCCUCGUAGAAACACAAGAGCUCUAAGAGUUACUUGUGAAGCUGGAAGGGUGGAAUUGCUUGAGAGAAAAGACUCGGAAACUUUCAAACUAAACAGAAGUGAGAAAAAGUUAACGUGUGUAAUGAAAUUCGGUGGCUCAUCCGUGGCAUCAGCAGAAAGGAUGAAACAAGUUGCCAACCUCAUACUCAGUUUCCCGGAUGAGAAGCCUGUUGUUGUGCUAUCAGCAAUGGCAAAGACCACCAAUAAGCUUUUGAUGGCAGGGGAGAAGGCUGUUCGCUGUGGCGUCACCAACGUAGACACUAUUGAAGAGUUGAGCAUAAUUAAGGAACUCCAUAUCAGGACUGCUCAUGAGCUUGGAGUGGGAACAGCAGUUAUUGCAGAACAUCUAGAAGGGCUGGAACAGCUUCUGAAAGGCAUUGCAAUGAUGAAAGAAUUAACUCUACGCACAAGAGACUACCUGGUUUCAUUUGGAGAGUGCAUGUCCACAAGGCUAUUUGCUGCCUACCUGAACAAAAUUGGCCACAAAGCACGCCAGUAUGACGCAUUUGAGAUGGGGAUUAUCACCACAGAUGACUUCACUAAUGCUGAUAUUCUUGAGGCAACAUACCCAGCAGUUUCAAAAAGGUUACUUGGUGACUGGAGCAAAGAAAAUGCAGUCCCAGUUGUCACAGGCUUUCUUGGAAAGGGAUGGAGAUCUUGUGCUGUUACUACGUUGGGUAGAGGAGGAAGCGAUUUGACUGCAACAACAAUUGGGAAAGCUUUAGGUUUGCGGGAGAUCCAGGUUUGGAAAGAUGUGGAUGGAGUUUUGACUUGUGAUCCAAACAUAUACUGCGGAGCUCAACCUGUUCCACACUUGACAUUUGAUGAGGCAGCUGAGCUUGCUUACUUUGGUGCCCAGGUGUUGCAUCCACUUUCCAUGCGGCCAGCGAGAGAAGGGAACAUUCCUGUAAGGGUUAAGAACUCUUACAAUCCCACUGCUCCAGGAACUGUCAUCACUAGGUCAAGAGACAUGAGCAAGGCUGUACUGACCAGCAUCGUUCUGAAACGCAAUGUUACAAUGUUGGACAUCACUAGCACCCGUAUGCUCGGCCAAUACGGUUUUCUUGCCAAGGUGUUCUCAACAUUUGAAAAGCUGGGCAUAUCUGUGGAUGUUGUUGCAACCAGCGAAGUUAGCAUUUCCUUGACAUUGGAUCCUUCAAAGUUCUGUAGCAAAGAGUUGAUUCAACAGGAGCUUGAUCACGUGGUAGAGGAACUUGAGAAGAUUGCUAUUGUAAAUCUGCUUCAACAAAGAUCAAUUAUCUCUCUCAUCGGAAAUGUUCAGAGAUCAUCCUUCAUAUUAGAGAAGGGCUUCCGAGUUCUUCGAACCAAUGGAAUUAAUGUCCAAAUGAUCUCCCAGGGUGCAUCUAAGGUAAACAUCUCGCUGAUAGUGAAUGAUGAUGAGGCAGAGCAUUGCGUGAAGGCUCUCCAUUCAGCCUUCUUCGAGACAGGUGCGGCUUCAGAAAGCGCGUCUACCUACAUCGUUGCCUCCUCAUGAAACCUCUUUAUAUGUGCGACCUGCAAGGUCUACCAGUAGUAAUCAUGAAGUUACAGUAUUAUGAUUCUUGUAGGUAUUAGGAAACAAAACUCUCAUUAUUCUUGUUGUAUUAUAUAGCUGUAAUUUGAUGGGAGCUGUACUGUUAAUUGAAUAAGAGUGUUUCCUACUAAAGAUAAUGAGUCAACCACAGACUAAAGUGUUGGAAGAAUCUGCUUAAAUCAUUUACACUA